AUGCAGCUGAAGAGCAGUCCAUCUGAGCCAAGGGAGGAAGACUCACAGCAAUUGUAUGAUACAUCAAAACGUCCUUCAGAGCCAACGGGAAUCAAACAACAUGAAAGGCAAAUGGAUACAAAGGAUGCCAUAGAAGAAGCUACACCCUCUGCAGCUAACAAUGACAAGCUCGAGCGGCCAGAAAAUCAUCUUUCACAGGAAAAAAGCCAUAAUGAAUCUAAAAGCCAUACCGUCAGGGUCUCAAGAUCUUCAAGAAAAGCUCCUUCCACAGCAAGAAAGAAGAAGAGGAGCCACCUUGGCUCAGACUCACAAAUGUUACCAGCUGGAUUGGAGACAUCCGAGAAAGAGCCCUUAGAUGCACCGAAAAUGGAAACAUCGGCAGGUCAGAAGCAUAUUUCACAACCACCUCAUCUCCCAGAGAAGAAGCUGGAAGAGCCUCGGGGUCCAGGACCUUUCUUUUACUUUGGUGGUGGUAACGGGGCCCAAAUGGUAAGUGCUUACUGCUUGAACAAAGGUUGGCAACGAAUCUACGAUAACAAGAGGGAUGACUACAAGCUGAAGUGGUGUGAGACCAAGAGUUCUGCUACGUACUAUGCCUUCCGAGAAGGUGAACAACUUGUAUACCAAAUACCAAACAAUAAAGUACUCACCACCAAGAUUGGGCUCCUAAACAGCCUGAGAGAAUAUGAAAGAGUCAUGCAGAAAAUCAACAAAACCAGGGUGCUGAAAAUGGCAGAUUUUUUUCCAGAGACUGUUCGCUUGGAUAUGAAGGAUGAAGCGGACACAUUUUUUUCUACAUAUGAAGAUGGACAAACAUGGAUCUGUAAACCGACUGGACUGAAUCAGGGACGUGGAAUCUAUUUGCUGAAAAACCAAGAACAGAUGAGUGCCCUUCGCUGCCAAAUGCUUAGUGUAAUUGAAGAUUCCAGGAAACCUCCAUGUAAAGGUCCUCAGGCCCGGAUAGUGCAAAGGUAUAUACCAAACCCUUUGCUGCUGGAAGGGAAGAAGUUUGAUAUUCGCUCCUAUCUGCUCAUAGCUUCUACUGUACCCUACUUUGUAUUCUUCCGCCAUGGCUAUGUUCGUCUUACAUGCAACCCUUAUGAUCCAAAGUCUGAUGACCUCACAGGCCACCUAACCAACCAGUACAUGCAGAAGAAGAACCCUCUUUACAAUGAACUAAAAGAAGAAACUGUAUGGACAAUGGAAAGAUUCAACACUUAUGUCAAUGAGAAGUUUGCAGAAAGCAAAGGUCUACCUCAAAACUGGGUGCUGAAUACCUUUACGAAAAGGAUGCAGCAGAUAAUGAUCCACUGCUUCCUGAGUGUGAAAUCAAAGCUGGAGUGUCGCCGGGGAUUCUUUGACCUUAUUGGCUGUGACUUCCUGAUCGAUGAUGACUUUAAGGUGUGGCUACUGGAGAUGAAUUGUAACCCUGCCCUGCACACCAACUGUGAGGUAUUGAAAGACGUCAUCCCCUGUGUUGUCAAUGAGACUCUUGACUUGGCUUUUGAAAUCUUCAGAAAAAGUAUAAAAUGCCAACGCAUUUUGCCCCUGAAUACUCAGAAUAAGUUCAUACUAUUGUACAAUGGGGAGACAAAUGAACAGACCAUAAAAUUCAACUGGCCAAGAAGCAGCAGUCCUGUUAAGACACUGAAGACCAUGCCACCUGAAAUCUUGAAUGGACCAGUAAAACAAGUAGAAAAACCCCAUAUGCCAUUGAAAAUCUCCAUAGACAACGGUACCCACACUCUAGUGAAGCGUACCAUCUCAAGGUCUCCUCAGAGAGCAACCUUGCCGAUGACCCCAGUUAACAUGACAGGUCUUCAUGAUAACCUUAAUCUCUAUUCAAGAAGGUAUAAAACAAAAAAUGACAUAACAUCUAAAAAUUUUGAUGGCCCUCAAAAUAAUAGUGCAGCAGACAUGAUCCAAACAAGAGGAAAAACCGAACAGCAGACCUCUGUAGCCAAGAUAUCCUUUUCAGGACCACAGAAAUUUCGAGUUAUCGGCAGCAAAACGCCUCAGCACAUGAAAAGGAGCGCAGCUGAAGUAAUCAUAACUACCAGCACCGUAAUCACUCAUGGACAGAAACCUCAUGAUUCUAGCACAGGUUCCUGUCCAGAGCCUGAGGAUACUGGGGGAUUUGGUUGUCUAGAAGAUGGCAGCAAUGACCAUAAACCCUCUGAAACUUUUAAGGACUGAGUCCCCAAAAAAUGCAAUAAAAUCAGUUUAUGAGUUAGAGCAGAUUAUCUGCUACAUGGUUGUUUAAUCUGCCUCCCUGUGCUUACAUCCUGAGCAUCUAAACUUACAAUAUUCUGUGAUACCUAAAGGGGUUG